UGGAAUUCGUUUUGCGGGCGCGGCCUUGUCAACGGUGCUGAAAGUUACUGUAGAUAUCUCAAGCAGUCGAAUGGGACAGGAUUUUUUGGCAUUAGCAAAUCAGUGUUAAAAUAUCUAUAUAGGAAAUUUUAUAAUCUUUUUAUGCGUGGAACGAAGCUUUUGGAUUACAAGGAGCCGUUGUGUUUAUUUUAAAAAAGGAGUGGCACCCGGCAGUCGUGGGCCUAUCCUGAGUUUGAGAAAUGGCUGGAGAUCACGAUCGACAAUAUAAGUUGGUAGUUGUUGGUGGUGGAGGCGUUGGAAAGAGUGCAUUGACAAUCCAGUUUAUUCAGUCACAUUUCGUGCAAGAUUAUGAUCCAACUAUCGAAGAUUCGUAUAGAAAGCAGUGCGUUAUUGAUGACAGAGUUGCACACCUGGAUAUUUUGGAUACUGCAGGGCAAGAGGAAUUCAGUGCUAUGAGAGAGCAGUACAUGAGAACUGGAGAGGGUUUCUUGCUUGUUUUCUCUGUUACUGAUAGAUCAAGUUUUGAUGAGAUACCAAAAUUCCACAGACAAAUAUUAAGAGUAAAAGACAAAGAUGAAUUCCCAAUGAUACUUGUUGGAAACAAAUCUGAUUUAGACCAUGAACGAACAGUCGCACCGUCAGAACUCAAGGAUCUUGCACAGCAACUAAAGAUACCAUAUUUAGAAGCCAGUGCAAAGCAGCGAAUCAAUGUAGAUACCGCAUUCCACGACCUUGUGCGAGCAAUUAGAAGGUAUAACGAAAUUCCAGACACACCAAUCAAGUCGAAAAAGAAGAAGAAAUGUGUAAUUAUGUAACCUUAUUUGCGAAAUAUCCUAUUAGAUUUUAAUCAUUUUAUACUUGAACUAGCAUCGAAUCAAAGUUGUCAUGAAAAUUAUACUACUUUAAGCGCCUUUUCCCCGUGAAUUACAGGAGGUUUGAAAAUAAUUUCGUUUGUACUGAAAACAAGCUGAUCAUUAUUCGUAGCAUUUACAGUACAAGUUAUGUAUGCGUUUAUUCCAGCGAGAAGAUAGUUAAGGUUUUUGGUUAUAACCAAAUUCCUAUCCCAGUAAAAUUGAGAAGUUUUGUCCUGCGUGGUAUUACAGUCUAAUUAUACAAAACCCACAACGCAUUCUAAGUUCGAAUUUGCAAGACAAUUUUAUCAUAUCCCAUAUUUUUGGGAAAUGAUGUACCUCUUAAAAAUUGCCAUUAAAAAUUGCCAGUAAGUGACAGAAAUAAGAACUCGUUGAUUGUCGGAUUAUGUUUAUUGAGUUGACUCACAUUUUCUGGUUCGAUCAUUUUCGUUUUGAGCUGGUUUGGUAUUAAGAAGAUGAAGAGAUAUUAGAACGGAGUGGGAAUUUCGCGUUCCUUUAACUGCGCCAACGAGGUUUCUUAAGUGCACUGCUCUGCCUGUGCACCCAAACUCGUAUCGAGAUAUGCAUCGAGAAUGAAGCCAUUUUAUGUGUAAACAAUCCACCCACCCGACCUAUGUGUUAUAUUUGUAGCAGCGGCAAAUAAUUUAGGUCUUACCGUAUCCACGAGACAUGUUGUUAUCUUAUACUUUUAUAUACAGUUUAUUCCUCAUUUUUCAACCGAUGACGUAAUUUUGUUAGUAGGAAUCGAUUUUUUAUUCUGCCAGAAGCAAAUGUAUAAGAAUGUAAACUCCUCCUGUGAUCCUUUUAGAUUUAUGGCCGUGGUUUAAGUAUCUUAUUUACACACUUAACCAUUAAGUUGAAAAUCUUGCGAGAUUUAGUAAAUUGUACUAUUAAAGGUUAGCUAGUUUUUGUUUAAUUAACCGUCGUUAAAGCGCAUAAUAUAAAGUUUAGUUUGUUUGUGAAAAAAUUAAUUUUACUUGUCCAGGGAAAAGCUGUAGAAAGGUCAGUAGUGUCCAGUUUUCCUAUUUGCAUUACCUCCACUGCAGAGGUAGCCUAUAUUAGAAAGCGUUGCCCCGUUUUCAAAGUCUUUGUUUUUGUUUUCUUAGGGUACAGAUCUAGUUAGCAAUGACAAAUGCAAGUGAAAAUGCCAGUUCACUGGUUUAGGAUAGCGCAAUACUUCUAUGCUAUGCUGACGGAUUUGGAGCAAAAUUGAUUUCAUUAAUUCGUUUGCAGAAUAUAUGUUACUGUCGGAUAUGGUAGCAUUCAUGUUUACCGCAGGUUUCGAAUCAUUUCGAAUCAUUUGUCAUCUGGCCAGUUUUUGUAUGAUUCAACUGCGAGAAACUUGCCGGCAGGUUUCGAGAUUGCUGUGAUCAGUAGUGUGAAAAUUUCUGCUGUCCUUAUCAUAUAACAAACAGUGACCUGUGAACGAAAUAUUUUGAGUUCUUAUUUCAAUCUCUUUCAUUUAGGACAAGUUUAGACAGAAAAAUAAGAUUGCCUGUUUUAUUAUGGUGUCAUAGUGAACCUCGACCAUCUUCGGUUUUUUCGCACCACCAGUGUUUGGGGCUCAUAAGUCUACACCAUUAACCCCAUCACGCAACCAUUUUCGAUUGACCUAAAUCCGUAAAGAGAUCCCCUGAUAAUCCGGAAAAUCCGUCACGAAAGUUUCAUGAAUCCAACCGUGAUUAGACGUUCCAUGACGAUGUCAGUAAUUAACUGCAAAAUCGACUAGUAAUCCUGGGCAAGUCAUUAAUCAUCUUUUGUAUGAAAGCUCUUCACCUGCAUUGUAAAUUGAGUAUUCACUUCUUGGUCGCUUUCGAUAUAUCUUAAAUGCUGCUGUUACAAUCUUUAGAUAUUGUUAAAAAUUCAGUGAUACUUUACGCUGUUUUUGAAGUAUGAUGAUUUUCAGA